UUACCCUCUACUUUACUUACCUCUGGCUAAAGCGCUGGCCACCAUUAAAUUUCCUUCAUAUAACACUUUGGGUGGGAGUAAUGAGGCGAAAAAAAAUUAAUAUGGUGAUAGUCUCGAGUUCGACCUAAUUUAACCCUAGCACCAAUACUAGUGAGAACAUCAUCAUUGGGGUGAACAGACCAGUCAGUAUCAGAGACUGUAGAAAGACUCAUCCAUAUCCAUUACAUCAAUUAGGUAGUGGUUUAAACCAUUCAAUUUUCGCCCUUUGUGACUCAUUAUCGGUGUGAGUUCCCUUUGUCCUUACAAAGACCCUAAUUCAUAUAUCACAUUAUCACAUUAUCAUAUUAUCAAUUUAUCAAUUUAUCAGUUAUAGAUCCAUCAUAGAUCAUACAUACAUAUCAUAAUCAUUCAUACUAAUAGAAUAGAAUCUAAUCAAUCCAAUCCAAUAUGCCUAGUGAUCCAGAAGACGAUUAUAUACCUUGGAUACAACAAUUUUGUGAAUCCUUUGGUCAUGAUUACUUUGUACCAAUUGCUCAAGAAUUCAUUGAAGAUGAUUUUAAUUUAACUGGUUUAUCAUCUCAAGUACCCUAUUAUAGAGAAGCUUUAUAUACUAUAUUGGAUUAUCAAGUUGAAACAGCCGAAGAUCAUAAUGAUGAUUCAAGUAAUAUUAAUGGUAAUGGAUCAAAUCUUAAUAGUACUAAAUUACCAAACAAAGCAUUAUUGGCUCAUUCAGCUGAACUAUUAUAUGGAUUAAUUCAUGCUCGAUAUAUCAUAUCAAAACCAGGAUUAACUGCUAUGGCAUCAAAAUUUGAAAGAAAUGAAUUUGGUUCAUGUCCAAGGUUUUAUUGUGAUGGAAUGCAUCUCAUUCCAGUAGGUUCUACAGAUAUCCCGGGUCAAGAAACUGUAAGAUUAUAUUGUCCAUGUUGUAAUGAUAUUUAUAUACCAUCAAGUUCAAGAUAUCUAAAUAUUGAUGGAGCCUUUUUUGGUACAACUUUCCCAGGAUUAUUAGUUAAAAUGUUUCCAGAAAUUGAAAAUCAAUGUAGAAUAAGAAUUAAUAAAUUUAAUCAAAAUGAUUUCAGUUUAAAAUUGUUUGGAUUUAAAAUUAAUGAAUUAAGUCUUAGCGGUCCAAGAAUGAAAUGGUUAAAGAUGCAUCCAAGAUCAGCCAAGGAAAAGGAAGAAUAUGAUAAUUGUGAAUUUAGUAUUCCAAUACGAGGUGAUGGAGAAGUAGAUCCUGAUGCUCUAGGUAGUGAUUUAGAUGAAGAAGUUGAAGAUGAUGAAGAGCUAGAAGAAGACGAUGAUAAAACUAUGGCUAGUGAGUAA